GACCCCUGCCAGACAGUGAGUUCAAGGCAUGGAGCAGAUCGUAUUCGAUGCUCAUCUGCAAGGCCCACAUGAAGGAGGUGUGGAGACGAGGGUGCUGAGUGGACACAUCUCACUCCUGUCUUUCUCCAACUAUAGUCCACCCCAGUCUGUCCCCCCAGUCCCUUUACCACUCUUCAGCAUAACCAAGGCUUGUGUACUUGGCCUUCCUGGCAGCCCCUCAACUCUGGAGAGCUGGCCCACUUUCUUUUCUGUAGCUUCUGUUAUGGUGAUGAUAACUGGUGUAUUUAAGGAACUGGCUCAAAGUGCGAUUGUCCCUCCUUCACAGAUGUCCCAAGGCACACCCCUGGGAUGCCAGAGCCCUCCCCACUUCCUCCAGAACCCUCCCUGCCCUCACACCUCCAGCAAGUGCCUCCUCCUUUAAAUCUCUGUUUAGCAUUUCGUUCCAAACUCCCCUGCAUUUACAGAGACCUUCUGGAACAUACACCCUUUCUCCGAAUCUUGCCGGCCUUGCCUUCUAGUCCUUUCUUGCCUCAGACCUCGGUCAAGUGGCUAGGAACCCUGUAGCCACCCUCACCACGGCUCCCUCCUCUCCCACCUGACCAGCUCCACCGGUUUGUGCUGUCUCGGAGCCAGGGUGCAGCCUACAUGGUUUUCAGGAUUUUCCUGUUGAUGACAUCGAGCUGGGGGCUUCAAGGGAAACACAGGGCCCUUAUCUUUGUUUCCCAUGGAGCUGCGGAGCACUGUGGCCGCUACGAUGAGCUAGCUCAGAUGCUGAAGGGGCUGGACCUGCUGGUGUUUGCCCAUGACCACGUUGGUCACGGACAGAGCGAAGGGGAAAGGAUGGUAGUGUCUGACUUCCAUGUUUUUGUCAGAGAUGUGUUGCAGCAUGUGGAUUCCGUGCAGAAAGACUACCCUGGGCUUCCUGUCUUCCUUCUGGGACAUUCCAUGGGAGGUGCCAUCGUCAUCCUCACGGCCGCAGAGAGACCGGGCUUCUUCGCCGGCAUGGUACUCAUUUCGCCUCUGGUUCUUGCCAAUCCUGAAUCUGCAACAACUUUUAAGGUCCUUGCUGCAAAAGUGCUCAACCUUGUGCUGCCAAACUUGUCACUCGGGCCCAUUGACUCCAGCGUGCUCUCUCGGAAUAAGACAGAGGUGGACAUUUAUAACUCAGAUCCUCUGAUCUGCCGGGCAGGGCUGAAGGUAUGCUUCGGCAUACAGCUGCUGAAUGCCGUCUCUCGGGUGGAGCGCGCCCUCCCCAAGCUGACUGUGCCCUUCCUGCUGCUCCAGGGCUCUGCCGACCGCCUGUGUGACAGCAAAGGGGCCUACCUGCUCAUGGAAUCAGCCAAGAGCCAGGACAAGACUCUCAAGAUUUAUGAAGGUGCCUACCAUGUUCUCCACAAAGAGCUUCCUGAAGUCACCAACUCUGUCUUCCAUGAAAUAAACAUGUGGGUCUCUCAAAGGACGUCCGUGACAGGAACUUCGUCCCCACCCUGAAUGCACUGGCUCAUGCCCAGCUCAGGAUCUAGGGGACACAGGCAGGGGAAGGGCAGAGAUGGCUUCGCAGAUGUGGCUUGCAAAAAAACUAAAACAAAAUAAAAACCCAGAAAUUGGAGAAAUCCCUAGCACAAUUUGCUAAAAAAUAACAAAAAGACAUUUUUGUUACACAUUAGGCUGUCAGACACUGGACCUACCUUCAUGGGUAGACACUUCAUGCAAAAAAAGAGAAAGGUCCCAGGUGAUUUUUCAUAAAGAAUGUGCUAAAAUAUCUACUUAAAACAAAGCCAAGCCUCUGCCCUGCCUCUCCCAGCUCCCACAAGGGUUCCAGGAAUUCCUGGUGUUCCCAGGACACCAGACUGCAAUAACUGGAGGCGCCUCCCUCCUGCCCACCCCUUGCUCGAGCCCCAGCGCCCUCUCUCACUGGCCUCCAUUUGGUGGCCUUUCUCUGGCCAUGUGAUGAGGUGGCUGCUGUCUCCACAGGGGCCAGCUCCCUGGGGCAGACUCAUGUGCCCCUCUGAGACCCAAAAAAUGCCCAGCACUUCCUCAAAAUGAGCAGCCGCCCAUGACUUUGUGGGCUCCUUGUCAGCCCGAGGCCAGGCUUUGCAGAGGGGAGGGGGUUGAGGCUUAGCUCAGAAAGAGAACUGAGCAGGAAACUGAGGCUCUUCUCUGCCCCCUACCCUUCCCCUCCCACCAGGGGGAGACUCAGGUUGGCCCCUGAGUACUGUCUGUACUCACAAAGGCUGCUUUUCCUCUGGAGUCACUAAUUUUACCUGAUGCUAUGAGAGAAUUGUAUUGAAGAUGAAAUGUCUAAUAUAUAAUGUAUAUUUUAAAGCAGAGACUAUUUUGGUGGGUAGGUGGGAGGGAGCAAGGUGAAUCUGAGCAAACAAAGGAAUCGGAGCUUGAUGCUACUGUAUAGAAUUGGACGGGUUGGGUGUUGGUGGGGACAGAGGGCCCUGUGCUCCAGGAGCUGAGCCAGCAGCCCUAGAGAGGGGAUUUGCCUGGGCCUUUUCUAUGGGCAAGGUCUGGUGCCCUUCCUGCCCCUCUGGGACCAUGGAGCAGUGGCAGCCCAUGGGGAUGUGGUCCCUGGGCCUGGGCCUGGGCCUACCUAAGGCCCAGAGCUACCCUGAGAGUGUCAGUGCUAGCAGCACAGCUACCUCUGGUGGCAGAAGAGAGGCCCAGCACAGGGGCAGGCCAGGCCUCCCUGCCCAGGUCUACACGGAGCACUUAGUGACCCAGAGCAGGGAAUGGAGUUACCCCCAGCCCUGCCCCAGGCCACAGCAGGACACGCCAGGCCAGGCCUCACCCAAGGCCAAGGCUGGCAUCACCUUUUGGAGCUGAGGCCCUGGGCCUAGUCUGCCCUUCUCAGGUGCCAACACCACCCAGUCUUGCCCUUGGCCUCACUUGGUGCCAGCAAUAAGUGGGGGAUCACCACCUCGGGAAUACUUUCACCUUCUAAAUGGGACUUGCUGUUACCUCAGGAGGCCCCUUAGUGCAAAUAUGACCCUGGUCAGGGUGUUGCCACCAUUGAAGCCCUGCAGAAGGUGCAAUCUAGGGAUCCUGGGGCCACGGAAGAGGGGGCCACUUCCCACCAGGGCCCCCAACAUGACGUCUAGGCGUCAGGGGCUCCUGCCCUUCUUCCUCCCACAGCAGGAACUGCCACUGCUCUCCCAGGCCCUGUUCUGGAGGCUAACCUCGGUCCCUAGAGAGUGCGCCCCUCCACCCUCCCUCCAGCAACCCUGACCACACCAUGGCAGAGCCAGGAAUGGGUCACCCUGCUGAAGAUCAUGCUGUGCCCUAGGGCAGGAGCCAAGCCCUCACUCCACAUGGGGCAGGUGCGGGCCUGGGUGCUGACCCAGCCCAUGUCCCCACAGAGCGACUUCCGUAGUUUCAGCUUGUCUUCCUGGCUUCUCUUUGAAGGAGAAAAAUGUAAAAUGCAUGCUGAGAGAGAAAGGCAGCCCUGCCUGCUCAGUCAGCCCUGGCAACAGGGCAGCCAUGGGAAUGUUUCUGCUUCUCAGCUCAGGAAAAGCAGGAAUGCUUUCCCAAAGCCCAAAGAGGCCCUGGGCUCAGAUCUGUAAUUCUCCCCAGGAGCUGUGAUAGAGCAGGUCACACAAAAGUCCCUACGCCUCCCCGCCGACUCCCCCAGACACGUGAUGCCAUUGCCAUUCCCCAAAUUAAAUAUCGGCAUGCAGCCUGACCAGGGACUCUUUAGAUGCAUGACUUUAUUUAUAUGAAGGCUCUCACAGACACACACGACACUUCAGUAGUAUUUGCAUUCCUGGUUAAAGAAUCACCAACAUUUAAAAGGAAAACUUUCCUGAAGUUGGGACUCUUUCAUGUCAUCUGGAAGGGGCUGGUACAUCCACCCACCAUGUCUCCCUGCUGGGUCAGGAGCCUGCACAGGGCCCCGCGCGUGAGCGUGCCUAACAUCUCACGCACGGCCACUCCAGAGCCGGUCGCCAUCUUGGAAAGCUGUGAAGCCUUGAGUUGAGUUCCUUCUCAAUAUUGACAUCUCCAUGCUGACAUUCUGAGCUCUGGAGUUGCACCAGCACAGGGACGGGAGGAACUGAGGUUUGGAAGGGAUGCCAGGUCUUGCACAGCUUGGCCUCAAGAAGGUGAGAGGAGGGCAAAGGCCAGGAAGGGAUCCAAAGGCCUGGGACACAAGGACCAAGUGCCACUGUCAACACAGCCUGGUCCAUACAGAAAUGGAUUUCAUGCCUGGAAAGCUUUUUAGAGAAAGAUGCCACCUGUGGCCGGUGACGGCCACAACCCUACUGGCCUCAGUUCCUUGAAGUGGCAAGGGGUAGAGAGUCAGCUUCCCUCCCUCACAGCAGUGACCCAGCUUCACUCCACUUCCAGGUGGCUCUGGGCUCGCUGAGGCAGCACUGGUGGGUGCUCUGAAAACCCACAGGCUCCGCUCGGACCCCACCCCCAGGCCAGUGCAGGUCCUGUCUCACUCUCUUCUCUCACCAGUUGCUAACAUAAACCUUACUGGGAUCACGAUGGCUUCACAAGCUAGCUGUCAGGUUUGCUAUGUCACUGCGGCUCGGUCACAUCCCCGCGUGUAUACGGUCUGCGGGGCCCAUAUGUAUCCGUUUAGAGCUAAAGGAAUCAGUGUACACUACAGCUAAUCCUAAUAAACCUGAUGUUUUCAGAA